GUAUUGCGUUGGCUGCUAUCAGUGCCAUCAAGGGAUAUAAGUUGAAGCUGAUCAUGCCUGAGAACAUGAGCCUCGAGAGGCGCACAAGCAUGGCAGUCUAUGGCGCCGAGCUGAUCUUGGUGUCCACAGGGGCCAUGGAGGAAGCCAGGGACUUAGCCCAGGCCAUGCAG